AUGCGCGUUUCCUGCAGCUUCGGCCAGAUCCGCGACUGCUGCUCCUGUCGCGCGGCUGCCGUGACCUCCUCGCUUGACAACCUGCACGCUGCAGCUCUUUGCGCGCGACUGCUGUUCAUGGCGCCCGUGGCGAUCGGCAGCAGCGGCUGGCGCACGACUGCAGCAGCAUGCGCGCCGCUGCAUUACAUCGCACGUGACGCCCGGAGGCAGCUGCAUCUGGUACGCAAGCACCUGGCGGCUGCUUCUGUUCCUGGCGGCUGCUUCUGUAGACGUCUGCCAGCAGCACCACAUGACUGGUGGCAGCAGCAUCACCGUGCCAGCACCACCACCUGA